AUGGUGUCUCCAGAGCGGAGGAUCUUGAAGAACCUUGUAGCAGUUUGCGUGGUGUUUGCUCUCAGUUCCCUGUGCUUCAGUUCGCUGCAAACGCUCCAAAGCACCUUGAAUUCCUCCAAAGGACUGGGCCUGGCCAGCUUAAGUUGUACCUACGCAGUGGCCACCGCAUCUGCCCUCUUUAUCUCUCCUGUCCUAAUCAGGAAAGUAGGACCACGGAAGACUGUAAUACUUGGCUCAAUGGGUUAUGGCAUCUACGCGGUUAGCAACUUCUACCCUCGAUUCUACACCGUCAUCCCAGCGGCCAUUCUCUGCGGUCUGGCUGCAAAUCCAUGCUGGGCUGCCGCCUCCACGUAUCUGAACAUCUUAGCCGCCAACAAGGCGUACCUGUCUAGUGGGGUAGCCGAGGUGCUCACAAAUCGGUACUUUGCCAUGAUGCAGAUGGCGUGGCAGUUGUGCUACGUCUUCUCGACGUUCCUGGUAUCGAACGUCUUGACGAGUCGGAUGUACGGGGAGGAUGAGGGCUUACUGGAAAGGAACUUCAGCCUGAGCGGGUGCGGCUCCCGAGACUGUGGGGCCGAGAUACCGGAGGAUGCCGUUGGGGCGGUCCAACCACCGCUCUACAUCAUCCAAAUAUUCCUAGGGUGUUACAGUGCCUGCGGAUUGCUCCUGGCACCUCUCACCGGGAUCCUAUUCAUGGACGAGGUGAAACCGAAGUACUCUGUCGUUACCGCUGGGGAGCAGGUACCUCGUUCCACUGACUGGCUGGACGUGUUCCGAGCUCUGAAAGCCCCACACCUUCUCAUGUUGAUGCCUUCUGCUUCUUUCGUUGGUGUUCAUUUCUCCUUUGUGAUGGGCGACUUUACAAAGUCUUUUGUUGGCUGCACCCACGGCAUACACGUUAUCGGUUACGUCAUCAUGGUUUUUGCAUCCACCGACACCCUGUUCAACGUGGUACUCGGCUGGAUCAGAGAGUACGUCAGCCGGGUAGUGGUCACCACAUUUUCCGGGGCUCUGGUUAUGACCACGCUGGUGGUAUGUUUACUGUGGGAUCCAGAGACGGGAGAAGUCUGGCACCUGUACCUCCUAGCCGCAGCAUUUGGGAUCAAUGAUGCCAUUCUGCAGAUCCAGACUAAAGUCUUCAUCAGCGUGCUGUUUCCAUCCAGUCAGGGGCCGGUCUUCUCGGCCUACUUCACCUUCACCGCUAUUGGCUUCGCUGUUUCCUUUGGUGUCAGCAUCCCAACUUCCAUCUGCGUAGCGUAUAAAAUCUACGGCGUCAUCUCCUUGUUGCUUGUAUCGCUGUUGCUUUACUACAUCGUUGAGAUCCGAUUCUGGAUGCAAGGCGCUGCGGCAGAUGGCAUCCGUGACGACGCAGUCGAAGACAAUGUGGAGAAAGACGAAAGUAUUAAGGUGCAACUAAAAACGGAUGGUGGCGCUGUUCGGAGCCGUACAUCUAGCGUUUGACGCUGUGCUGAUUCCAGGUAUUGCCAAGUAUCCUUGGAAGGAGUUAGUUUCUGAGAUAUGAGCAACAUAUAGUUCCCAGGGUGAUCAGCGGCUUGUCCUCGCAGCUAUCUGUGCUAUGAUAAAUGAAGUUGAGAACAAAGUAACCCCUCUGGACAAACGUUGAGCUAGGUAUCAAUAGAACGUACACCAGUGCAGAAGUCCGGCUAAUUGAGAAACGCCCUCUUUUAAAACGCUCAACCUACAUAUGUGCCAUAUCAAGAGUUGCGCACAUAGGGUGGAAAGAAAAGUUUUCCGUUUCCGAUGGCUGUUGACUCACAGCCGUUUCCAUUUUCGGCAAGAAUUUAUGCAGGGUUCACCAGACUCCACUGACAAUGUGCCUUUUAGAUCCAGGAACAUGCCAUCAUUGGAUCCGAUGGAUGACUGGAACGCCAUAAUGUAUUCACCCCCGGCAUUAUUGAUCUGCGUAAAUUGCAGAGCUCAGGCCCUCAGGGUUAUCACUGCACGUUAAUCACUUUCACUGGUCACCCAACGCCCUUACAGCGCCCUGGAAAAGCCAAAUGCGUUUUACAAAUUUUUGUGAAGGAAAGAAGUCGCAGCUAUGAGACACCCUUUGUGACGUUAUCAGUAUAUACGUUAAAACAAAUAAAUAGGUGAUGAAAUUAGACGCAACAAAUGUAUACAAGAAGACAAAAAAUAUUCAUAGAACCAAACCAAUAUAUAAAGAACGACACAAAUAUGUACAUGACCACAUAAAUGUACAUAUAUAGGGUGAAACUAAGAUUGAAACAAAUGUGUCAAUGGGAGCAAAAUAUACAUUCAGGUUGGAAAGAUGUCGGACAAAACGAAUAUAGGCCUACAGAGGUAGGUCG